AAAAAGUCAGAUCACUAGGAAUUAUUUUUGUACCAUGAUCACUUCUGCUUUGUUACUCAGCAGGGACUGUGAUAAUGAAUACUCACCUCAGAGGGUGAGCUUCCUCUGGUGCUGUGAAGUUCCCAGAGCAUUGCCUGCACAUCUUUCUCUCCCUCGCCGUACUGUGCCCCGUGAAAAUGUUGGUGCUUCUGGCUUUCAUCAUCAUCUUCCACAUCACCUCCGCGGCCUUGCUUUUCAUCGCCACCAUCGACAAUGCCUGGUGGGUAGGAGAAGGAUUUUUUGCAGAUGUCUGGAAAGUCUGCUUGAACAACUCGAAUUGUACAGAGAUCGGUGACAGCUAUUCAAAUUACUCCACGAUGCAGGCGGUCCAGGCCACCAUGAUCCUGUCCACCAUUCUCUGCUGCAUUGCCUUUCUGAUCUUCUUGCUCCAGCUCUUCCGCCUCAAGCAGGGAGAGAGAUUUGUUUUAACCUCCAUCAUCCAGCUCUUGUCAUGCCUGUGUGUCAUGAUUGCAGCUUCCAUUUACACAGCCCAACGCCAAGAACUGCACGAGGAAAACAUGCAUAUCUAUUUCCAUACCUUGGAGGGCAGAUACGGCUACUCCUUCAUUCUGGCGUGGGUGGCCUUCGCGUUCACCUUCAUCAGCGGCCUCAUGUACCUGAUACUGAGGAAGCGCAAAUAGACACUAGGAGCUCAGUCGACUCCACCGCAGUCCAAAAUCCACAUUCAGAUAACCAUUUUGUAUAUAAUCAUUUUUUGUGGUUUUUCUAGCGUUUGUUUCCUUUAAAAGCCAAAAAAGAGAAGAGUUUUUGCAUUCUUGAGAUCAGUGGAUAGACUAUGAAGGCUGGAAUUCAGAACUCUCGCUCAUCCUAAGGUCUCAACAACACAGAGCCAAAAAUCCAGCAAUGCUUAAAUCCAAAAAUGUUCAGCGGGAUGCUUCUUAACCACAGAGAUGUGAUGGGAUAACAAGAGACUGAGAAAGCCAGGUCUGGGCCACGUCUUCCCCUAGGUUUGGGCCACGCCGAGCCCCCCUCACCUCAGCUUCCCUUCCCAAAUCUCUCGGUGUUAAUGGGUGGAAGAUGGGGCGAGGUGGGGGUGCAGGUGAGGGGUGAAACCUCCUCAGGUAUUUAGCCAAGUUCCAUGUCAAUAACAGGUAGGGACCCUGGUGUUCUGUCUAUAUCCAGACCAUAGCCCCUAAUUGCCUAAAAUGGGCUGCGUCCAGAAAAUGCCACCCAAAUUUGCAGACAACAUCACCUGCUUGCCUUAGGGAAGUGGCAGGGGUGGGGGCGGGUAUUCAGAUGUGGGCUCACCCUGAGGCAAAGACUCAACCUGAGAUCACUAGCACAUGCUGUAAAAUGCAGGCUAUCAAGUUCCCCCCAUUCCUGCCCCAGACCUACAAAAUCAUAGUCUUCAGGGAUGGAGCCUGGGAGCCUGCAUUUCUAACAAGCUCCUCUGUGAUGCUUAUAUGCUUUAAAGUUGAGCCCCCGGGCCAGGGGAGCAGAGCUGCCUCGCCAAUGUUAAAGAUCUCAUCACGUCAAGGUGGAGAGGUGGGUCUAGACCCCACUGCAGACUAAAGCCCUGGUUUCCAUCAGCUCUUGAUUCUUCACUGUCUCUUCCACAGCUGCUCUCAGCUGGCUCACCCAAACUCCAGUCCCAGGCCACAUGUCCUGAUAGCCAGCCACCCUGGGAGGUGCAGCCUUCUUAUAACCCCAAGUCGGAAGGCCUCUCCCUUCUCUUCCUGUCCUGCCUUUUAAGCUGGCUGGCCUUUACUAAUCCCCUUUCUAGAGCCUCAGAGGACCCAUCCAUCAUUCAUUCAUUCAUUCAUUCAUUCAUUCAUCAGCAUAAGACAUGGAUGGAAUGCUUGCAUGUGCCAGGCAUGGAGAUACCUUGUUGAGAUAACCUCCUUAUCAGGCUCAUUGUUUAAUGGAGGAGAGAUUAAAAACCAAUUAGAAAAACUAAUUAAAAACUGAUGAAGGCUGCAAAAACACAACCAAGGAUUGAAAAGCGAGGCUGGUGGGGCCUGAGGGAACAUGCUGCAUGCCUGACUAUCUUUAAAUUCUGCUGGAGGCAUGGAGAUCAGCCUAAAUAUCACUCACUCAGCCCGCACAGAUGGCAUUUAUUGGGCAGCAUCGUCUAUUCUGCCAAGAGAACAUUUACUUCCAAGGAGCAUCCCAGGGUCCCCACAGCCACUGAAGCAGUGAGAAGGACCCCGAAUGCCGUGGUUCUCACUUUAAUGGGCACAAGCUCACUGCGCAGACUCUGCCUUGCCAGGGUCUGGGUGAGCGAACAAUCCAGGCAAUUGAGAGUUUACUGAAAAAUACAGCUUUGGGGAGUUUGUCUUUAAGUGUGAAGGCACCAUGGGAUGUGUGGCAAUGUGGGUGACCCUGGGAAGCGCCCCAUCAAAGAAGCUCUUUGCGCCUCACUGCCUUUUUCGUCUGGUGUUUUGAGCAUGCUGCUGGGGAGGUAGGCCUGGGCCGGUGUGUGGCCGCAUCUCAGUGGCUGCGCUGCUUAAAUGCUUCUGCACUCGACCUGCUGACUGGCACGAUGUCAGCCCAGUUCCAGUGGAGCUGGGGAGCCGUCUGUUUUGAAUAGUUUUAGGGCCGCCGUGGACUCCAGUGCAGGGUUGGGUGUUUCUGUCCAACAACUCAUUCAUUCAUUUAUCGUUGGUUCAUUUUCCACAGAGGGACUCCAUGCUUACUGUGUUCCAGGCACUGUGAGAGGCUCUGAAAACACAGGGGUGAGCAAACCCAGGCAUCCUCCCAGAGACAGGACACCCUCUCCACAGAGAGGCCACCAGCACAGUGCAGGGCGACAUCAGGCCAGUGACAGGACAGAUUGCCACCUCCUGGAAAACUCAUUAGCCACAUGGUGGUUGGGAGCGUGUCACACCCUCGGGGUUUGCAGGAUGCCCCAUGAGCCUCUGGGGGAAGGUGAGUCUAAAGUGCCCCAAGCUUUCUACCCAGGUGGCUUUUCUAUAGUUUCCUGGUGGCCAUAAUGGAAAACAAACAAACAAACAACCCUCAGAACCAGAAAUCUGGGAAGCCUAAUCCCCAAGCAACGCAUGAAUUUCCUUCUCCAAAGCUUCAGGGGUGCCUGAGAAUCUGAAACGACCCCAUGGAUUUUCCUAGCUGGUUGCCACUGUGUAGCGUUCAGCUUCCACAGCCGUCAUGGUGCCGAGGUUUUGUGAGAUGUGAGAGUUGCCUCCCUGUGUUGGGGCGGUGGGAAAGAGGUGAGGGUGUGAGGGGGAAAAUACCCCAAUUUCUUACCUGUAGGCAGAAUCAGCCCUCACUUGGUGCUUACUAUCAGUUAUUCAAGAACAACAACAAAUAAAAUUAACCGAGACAUCCAAGAAGCAAACAUUAGGACCAAAUAUAUUACUGGCAACAACUGUAUUGGAAGGGACUGUAGUUUGCACAUGUUAGGACAUUUUUUUUUUACAGUACUGUAAUUCUUUCAUUGAGGGGCUAUGGAUGGAGACAGACUAACUCAUUUUGUUAUUUGCAUUAAAAUUACUUUGGGUCUCUGUUCAAGUGAGUUUGGAAAAUUGAUUUGUUGCUUUGAGUGAAUGUGUAUAUUUAUACCUGAACACAGGAAAAUUGGAGGCUUCCCCCCCAAUUCCUCCAUACUCUGCUACAGGUCAUUUGCCUGUGCACAUCCCUAAUCAACAGGCUGAGGUCCUGGGAUGCUCUGUAUUAACUAACGAUGAGGACACCUGAACCCCCACACCCGUAUGUAAACACACUAACCACAGUAGGUUAGAUAGAAGCUGUAGCAUCAUUUAAAUCUGCCUGGGUGGGGAAUUACUAAACUUGCUAAUAAUUGAAAGGCUACUUACGAUACAAUGCAUUGGACAGUUUUGUAUAUUGGGGGAGCGGUGGUGAUAGGGAAAUGCAGGGAAAGGCCUAGAGGUUAAGUGUGAAUCUUGGUUUGUGGACAAAUGUGAUUUUUAGGGUAGUUAGAUACUUUCUCCUUAAUGUGCCUUUAAAAAUAGUACAUUUUCUAUGUUUUGUAUAAUCUGAAACUGUACAUGAAAAAUAAAGUUUAAGACCAAAUCACCCAGAGAAACAGACUCUAAUGUUCCCAACUGUGCCAACGUCUAAGUUAAAAUGCUGCCAUUUUGAGUGGCAGAGGGGUCAUUUGGUUUCUAAUCGAGGAGAUAAUGCGGUUUUUACAGCAAGCAGUUGCUGUCUGACAGUUUAUCAUGGAACAGUCUCCACUGCCUUUACCCGCUCACGGGGUGGCCUCCUAGAUGAACC